CGCGGGGCGCGGCGGGGACGGAGCGGGCGCCGUCGGGGCGCACUGAAACCCGCACUCGGAGCGGAGGAGCCGCGAUGAGGAAGCAGAGCGCGCGCACGGCGGCGCUCAUCCUGUGCAUCCUGUCCUACCUGCUGGUGGGCGCCGCGGUCUUCGAUGCGCUGGAGUCCGAGGCGGAGCGCAGCCGGCAGCGACUGCUGGCUCGGAAGCGAGGCGAGUUCCGCAGAAAGUACCGCUUCUCCGCCGACGACUACCGCGAGUUGGAGCGCCUGGCGCUGCAGGCCGAGCCGCACCGCGCCGGCCGCCAGUGGCGCUUCGCGGGCUCUUUCUACUUCGCCAUCACGGUCAUCACCACCAUCGGGUAUGGCCAUGCUGCUCCAGGCACCGACUCGGGCAAAGUGUUCUGCAUGUUCUAUGCCCUCCUGGGCAUCCCCCUGACUCUGGUCACCUUCCAGAGCCUGGGCGAGCGGCUGAACGCGCUGGUACGGUGUCUGCUGCUGGCAGCCAAGCGCUGCCUGGGCCUGCGGCGGCCACACGUGUCUGCUGAGAACAUGGUGGUGGCUGGGUUGCUGCUGUGCGCUGCCACCCUGGCCCUGGGCGCCGCUGCCUUCGCGCACUUCGAGGGCUGGACCUUCUUCCACGCCUACUACUACUGCUUCAUCACCCUCACCACCAUCGGCUUCGGAGACUUCGUGGCGUUGCAGAGAGACGAGGCGCUGCAGAAGAAGCCGCCCUACGUAGCCUUCAGCUUCCUCUACAUCCUGCUGGGGCUCACAGUCAUUGGUGCUUUCCUCAAUCUGGUGGUCCUGCGAUUCCUUGCCAGCGCUGACGCCCCGGAGCGCGCAGCUCUCCGCCGUGCUAGCGUGUUCCGCAGGGGGGCGCCCGAGAGCCGCGUCCGCAUCCCUUACCCCUUUCAUCCGCUGGAGACCUGGGCCCGUGACAACCCGGCCUUCUCACCCCCUUUGAGCCCAGAAGCCGUGCAUCAUUGCCACAGCAGCCCGGACAGACUCCGGGCCCGGAGGAAGUCCAUCUGACAGUCUUCUCCCACUCGGGGCCAGGUCUGGCCAAUGUCUAGCUCUGCCUGUUAGCAAACCCACCCUUCUUUCUGGCUUGGAGGGGGUUGAGGUUCCCGUUACCAUCUGUGGAUCAUCCCUUCUAGAUAUACAUGAAAGCUGCACUAACGGCACAAGCCGACUCCACAGCCACCUGGAGGUACACUGUUCAGUCUAAACUUGUAGGAAAAUGUGGCCAUCAGCCCCUAGGAGGGGUGAUGCCUAUCUGGUCCUUCAGAGGAUGACAAAUGGCUAGUUUCCACUCUGAAGAGGACACACAAGAUACCUUGCAGGGGAAAGGUAUGACUUUAAACGCCAGAAUUCUACUAGUAAGGCUGGAUGCUCAUGCUAGAAGCAUGGAUAUAAACAGACUCAAGGGAAUGUAUGGCUCAACAGUGGGCAUUUUUUUUGUACUAUACAGACGACUGCAUUUUCUUUGCUCUGCAUGAGGAGUGGAAUUAGCCCGUGUGUAAAUGGUUGUUCCCACUGUCAAAUAGAUGCCCUGUCCCUGGCCAGCCCCUUUUGGAUGAAGAGAUCACUUCCCCAUAUCACUACCUAUAGGCAGUUCAGUGCUGUGGGAUGAGUUCCCUUCUGGGUCCCACUGAUCACCAGCAAUAUAUCUUUGGGAUUCUCAUCACUUUCCUGGGCCUUAGCUUCCCCGUCAGUAAAACAGGGUUCAUCUGAAGGCCCUGAUUCACAUAGGCACCUGUGGCAGAGUUUCCUGAUGCAGGCAUAGGGAGCGUUGAUGAGAGCGUUGGAAGAACCUUGGCAUCCUAGAGCACUCAUUCCUUAAAAGGCCAGCAUCCUUUAACUUCCCAGGUAGAACUGUCUCCAUGCAAAGCAAGAGCAAAACCAGGGUAGAAAAGCCAAAAACUUUAAUUUCCAACAUGAGCGAUAUAGUCAUGAAUACAAUGCCAUGUGACCCGCUCCAACUCAGACGCCCCCAAAUCCCUCCCUCCCUGGAGGACCAGGCUGUUCCUGCCCCCCAAGAGGAAACAGGGAAAGGUGGGUAGAUGAACGGAGGCUCCCAGCCCCAGGACUCUGGGGUCCCACCUUCCUGCCACCUUGCAGGACGGCAAAAAGGACUCAGAAGUAACACCUACGUCUACUUCCAGCCUCCGGCCCAGCCCAUACAGGAUCUCUUGAUGAAACGAAAAACCCCUGGGGCUUGCUAGGUAAGCCUAUAGAAACUCUCUAUCCACCAAGGUCCUGUUCUGCAGACACAGGCCCCCUUGGAAGGCCAAGAGAACCAUUGCAGGGGACGGGAAAGGGGUCUAAGGCUCUGGGCCUAGUGUAGUGCUGCUGCUCAAUAAAUAAAUGCAGGUGACCUUG